AUGCCUAGACGGCGACUGAGGCUCCAAUACUGCUCCAGUGAAGAAGAAGACGAUGAAAUUGGAUCAAUCGGAAUCGGUGAUUCUGCUCAGAUCGUUGGUCUUCCUACUUCUGUGCAACCGGAAACCUCAGCAGCGGCGUCAACUUCUAACCCUAAUCCCGGCGAGCCAAUCACGGUACCGGAAGUUGAGAUUUUCUACGUCUCUGGUAAUCCGACUCCUACACCGCCGGAUUAUAGUAUUCCUACUCCGUUCCCGAUUGAUCCGUCGGAGUCAGAAGCCGAAGUUGACAACGACUCGCCGAUCGCUGGGGUUCUUUCUCGAAUGGGGAUUAAAAUGAAGUCGGAUUGGUGGGUCUCUUGUCUUGCUGGACUUGAAGUUUCCGUUCCACAAUUUUCCCGCCUCGAAGUGGCAGCAAAAGCUAAGCAUUGCUUCGAGCAGUUUCUGUUUUCCGACAUGAAUCUAUGCGGAGGUGGGGUUCUUCCUCGGAAUGUUGCGUCUAUGAAUCUUGUAGAACUCGCUGGUCCGUUUGCUCUGCAGGUUGAUGAGAUUGUUAACAUCGGGUGCCCACUUAAAGGAAGGUAUGAAAACGCUAAUGCAGGACUUAAGAGGUGCCUUAAGCUGUCCAUGACAGACGGUGUUCAACGCGUUUUUGGCAUGGAAUACAGACCUAUUAAAGAUCUCCAAGUCUUGGCUCCUGCUGGUUUGAAGAUUGUUGUAUCUAGUGUACAAGUUCGACAUGGGCUUUUAAUGCUAGUACCUGAGAUUAUAGAAGUUAUAGGAGGGAUGGUUGAAGAACUGGAAGAAGCACGGAAGCGUCUGGUUGUUGAAGUAAAUAAACCUCCAAGAGGAAAAAGAACAAGGAACGGAGUGGUUCCUUCAUUGGCAACCAGAGCAACUCUAGCUGCAUGGUCGCUGAAUGACAAUGAUACUGGUAAUCAAGUAAAUACUUCUACCUCGGGAAAUGCUAGUCACGUUCAGGCCAACGGUCAAGGCAUUUCCCUGAAUGUAACGAGGACUCAUAUCAGUCCGCCGCAGACGAUGAAUGACCCUCCUGCUUCCAUCAAUGUAGAAGCUACUGUUCCGAGGGUUGAGCAUAUGCAGAUUGAUACGGCUUCUGCGCACGGGGAAAGAGCGUUUUCUGAUUUACACUCGACUUCUAGUAACAUUCCCAUGACAUCAUCCUCUGCUGGUACUAGAUGUAGUGGUAGAAGACCUCUUUACAACAACGGUAGCGAAAAUACCUUGGAUCAACAAACAUCUAAUGUGGCUUCAUUUGUUGGAGAAAUGCAUAUCGACAACGGUCGUGCAAGGGAUACGACGGAUCCUGUAUAUGGUUCUGGUUCAGGCGCAGUAGCAGAUGAUAAAGUCAGUAAUAUGGUUGUCGAUAUGGAAAUCCCUUCUGUCAUGUCUACAGAUACGGAGACGCCUUUCACUUACUUGGCCGAGUUGUCUCAAAAGUGGGCAGUAAUGAAAGAUACCAUGCAUUUUGUUCAAGGAAGGAUCAAGUGCUUUCUAACAGGAGUGAAGAAAUUCCAGUUCAAGCACCAGCCUACAUUUGAACUUGUAUGCUACGUCGAUGAUGGUAGUCUCAUCUGUGAGAUCUUGCUCCAUAACGACGUUGUACAAAAACGGAUAGGUCAUUCAUCCAUGGAGGUCACAGAUGCUCUUUACUCUUCAACAUCAACAACAGUAAAUGCCAUGAUGAAGGAGAAACUAAAACGCUUCCAGUUGUUUCUAGCUGACUUCGAGGGAAUAAUGGUGGUAGAAAUGAACAGAUCGUCCCAAUAUCCAGUAGCUAUUGAAAUGAAUCAGGGAUGUUCAUCAACCGAUGCUCGGUUACUCUUUGGAAGAAUCAAAUCUUCUGCAACAGCAUCCUCACGCAUAGCUCCAGUUGUUGUUUUAUCCCCUUGAUCCAGUAGUCAAAUGAAGCUUUUAGUGACUUCACUUCAUCUUUAUCUGCUUAGGUACUACCUCCUGGUUUAACUAGACCGGGUUUUAUAACUAAGUAUGAAGUACGGUAUUUUCAAUUCUUUUAUUUUUAGCUAGUAACCUUUAAAAAUAACUAGUAGAUUAGGAGUAUUUAUAUGAGAAAAUUAUAUAGAUUUAGAGGAUAUCACAUGGGUUAUAUAUGGCAGAUUGUUAUGAGUCUAUUAGCUUUUGGUAAAUCUUGUAUUCUUGUAACGAAGUGAAUCCGCCAAAAUUUUGCUACUAUCGUUAAUUCUUUAUAGCAAAAUUUUUGAAUUCUUGAAAAGAAA